GCCAUUUUACUGCGUCCACAGUCAUCCGGCAAGAUGGUCCCCUCGCUUUGUCUGCCCUGACCGGAGUUGUUUCGUUUUUUUUGCGGCUCUUCUCGCCUCCGCACUAUCGCAAACCUGUGAGAUUCCACCGGACUGUUUGACGGGACAACCAAAACAACACGCGUCUCCGGCGGUCGAGAAAUGACGACGGCGGGAAGCAGGUAAUAUGAGUCUGGAUUCUGAUUCAACCCUUGACCCAAUGGCAGAGAAAGCAGAGGAGCCUGGUAGCUCCAGAGAAAAGAUGAAGCCCUCCUCCUCUCGCAGCAAGAGGAAGCCCACUACUGCAGCUAAGCACACUGGACUGAAUGAAUCCGACACCUCAGCUGAGAGUGACAAUGACGGUGCCCCCUCUGACAAUCCUUCCGACAGUAACACAGGCAGCGCAUCUAAAGGCACUUUAGUGAUGAGACCAGCUGGUAAUGAAAACAAAGGUGCCAUGAAGCUGAGAGUCGAUUUCAAACCGAAAUCUACAGUCCUUGUAACAGAUGAUGCACUGCAGAAGAAGGUAAACUGCACUGCCUGUGGAAAACAAGUAAACCAGUUUCAACGCAACUCUGUGUAUGAGCAUCCCGCACUUAAAGUACUUAUUUGCAAGUCAUGCUACAAGUAUUACACAAGUGAUGACAUCAGCAGAGACUCUGAUGGGAUGGACGAGCAGUGCAGGUGGUGUGCUGAAGGAGGCAGGCUCAUCUGCUGUGACUACUGCAACAAUGCCUUCUGCAAAAAAUGCAUUUUGCGCAACCUAGGCAGGAGGGAGCUGUCAACCAUUACUGAUGAGAACUCAAAGUGGCACUGUUAUACCUGCAGGUCGGAGCCGCUUCAGGAUCUAGUCUCCAAAUGCCACCGUAUCAUGGAAAAACAAGAACUUGAGCAACUCAAGCAACGAAAACCAGAUAAAACAGAGGAACGUGAGAGCAAGAGACAGAAAAACAAAUCAGUUAAAGAGCACAAAGCAGUUGUCAAUGGAAAAGAACACACCGAAGGCUCAGGGACCAUGACGUUUUCCUACAAAAAGCUGCAGGUACCCAAAGAACUUAUAAAGAAAGUAAAAAAGCUUGUUGAAACUACAACUGGUCUAAACAAUACAUUCAUCCAGUUCAUACAGCAGGAAGUUGAGGAGCAAGAAGAUAAAUCUAUCAGGUGUCGGCAUUUGAAAGCCUUCAAGGCUGUGCUUGCUGAUUUGAAGAAAGCCCACAAUGCUUUGGAGGUGGCUUUGGAACCUGAGUUCAAAAGCAUGGAGUUUCAGAAUGGUAACGAUGGGCAACAUAUUGCAAGAAAGACCAAGGCUGUUCCGCCCCCUGUAGAAAUUGAUAGUAUGGAUAUUGUGGCGAAUGCAAUUGAUAAGGUUGACGCAGCGGAGAAGUUGGACAAGGAGCCUGUUGAUGAGCUGGAUGAGGAGCCCAUCGAUGAGCCCAUCGAUGAGUCCAUCAAGGAGCUGGAUGAGGAGCCCAUCGAUGAGCCCAUCAAGGAGCUGGAUGAGGAGCCCAUCGAUGAGCCCAUCAAGGAGAUGGAUGAGGAGCCCAUCGAUGAGCCCAUCAAGGAGAUGGAUGAGGAGCCCAGCGAUGAGCCCAUCAAGGAGAUGGAUGAGGAGCCCAUCGAUGAGCCUAUCAAGGAACUGGAUGAGGAGUCCAUCGAUGAGCCUGUAGAGGAGCUGGAUAAGGAACUGGAUGAGGAACCGGAUGAGGUGCCCAUUGAGGAGCCAGACGAGGUGCCCGUCGAAAAUCCGGAUGAGGAGCUGGACGAGGCGCAGCCUAAUGAGCAGGAGAUGGACAGUGAUAAAGUUUCAAGUGAGAUUGAAAUGAAAGACGGCCAAACUGAAGUUGAUGUAACCAAAAAGAAAAGAAAAUCUGAAGUAUGUGAAGAUGACAUGGUGUCAGCUGGUGAAAUGUCCUUGGAUCACGACAUCAUGUCUGUACCACCUUCGGUUCCUGAAGAGCUUUUUCAGAUGGUGGAGAGUCUUGCGGAUUCCACCAUGCUCUCACAGAGCAACACAGAUUUGAUCACACACACUGAUGCAAGGUCAAAUGAAAAAUCAACAGACUCUCAACGCCCCCACCCCAAGGUCAAGAACCUUAUAGUCAAGCUCACUCCAGUCCCAGUCGUGACAACAUGUGGGUCAAGGUCCUCCAGGUCCAAAAAUAGAGUAAACGGUGGGGAGAUGCAGCAAAAGUGCAAAGAAGAAGAAGAAGGCAAGGAGAAGCGUGAUGCAGUAGAUGGGACAGUAAGCCCACUUCCUAGCCGUCGAUCUAGUAGAGUUAAGACCACCCCUUUGAGGAAGCAGGCCGAGAACAAGGACAAGGUAAAAUCCUCUGAAUCUGAGUCAGAGGAAGAAAGUAAGGGGAAGGACAAAUCCAAGAAAUUCAGUAAUGCCAAAAAAGAGGAUGGAAAGCAUACCAAGGCCAAUGAGAAAAAAACCACAGACUCUGACUCGGACGAAGUUCCACCCAUACUGCUAGAAAAGGCAGCAGAAAGCCACAGCACAGAUGAAGAAGAAGGAAGCAAGAGUGCUAAAAAGCGCUUAUUCAAACUAAACAACACCUCCACACAGGAUACAGACAAAGCCUCAAAACGUAAGAGAAAGUCUGAAAGCUCUGAGUCAGAUACGGAGAAGAAAGGUAAAAAGACUCCCAAGAAGAAGAAGCAAAACAGCUCAAACUCCUCCAACUCGGACUCGGAGAUCAAGAGUAAAGGCACAGCAAAGAGAAGAUCUAGCCGCGUGAAGAAACAAGAAGAAGCAAAACAGGAUGACAAAAAUUCACCUGAGAGGAAGGCAGCAGACCGCAAAAGGUCUUAUGAAAAGAAGCGCAAAGGAAGGAGCUCUAGGUCAACCUCAAAGCUGCAGUCUUCCUCCAGUGAGGACGAUGAGGAGCAACAGGCUGAAGAUUGCUCAGGAGAAGACAGCGACGAGCAAAAGAUCAAGCCCAUCGUGGAGGAGAACGUUGUGGGAGGCAGUGGUCCCUUCCAUCAGUCCUCAGGAGAUGAGGCGGAAGAUAAAGCGGAAGUCUCUGAGGUUGGUGAAGAUGAAGACGAUGAUGACCCUGAAAACAGGAUUGCAAAGAAAAUGCUUCUUGCCCAAAUAAAAUCCAACUACUCUUCGGGAGCAGAGAGCUCCUCUGAUAAUGAAGGAGAAGAUGAGGAUGAAAAGUCCAAAAAAGUUAAGAAAGAGGAUGAUGAGGAUUAUGAUGAAGAGGAUGAUGAAGAGGAGCAGCAAGAAGAUUCAGGUUCUGAUGUCGAAGUGAAGAAACAUGGCCGACGACACAAAUUGCUUCGUCAUAAGCUCUCGCUAAGUGAAGGUGAAUCGGGAGAGGAGAAAACCCCCAGUAAAGAGAAGAGCAAGGAGGGCAAGAAGAAGUCAGGGCAAAAAGUGGACAGCGAUGACUCUGAAGACUCAGAUUUUGAGAAGUCAGAGUCCAGUGAAGAGUCUGCAUUUAGCGAGGAGGUUAGCGAAUCAGAAAACGACGGGAAGCGUCGAAAAACAAGAGCUUCAAAGAAGAAGGAUGAGGAGAAACAGAGAAGUUACAAGCAGAAGAAGAAACGACGCAGAAUCAAAGUUCAGGAUUCCUCAUCCAGCAACGAGAAGAGCGGGGAGGAAGACGGGGAAGAGGGUGAAGAUGGUGAGGAUGGUGAAGAGGGUGAAGACGGAGACGACGACGAUGAAGAGCGCAAAGGACGCAAAAAGAUUCGCAAAAUUCUGAAGGACGACAAGCUGCGGACAGAAACGAGAGAUGCCCUGAAGGAAGAAGAGGACAGGAGGAAACGUAUAUCUGAGAGGGAGGCACUCAGGGUGAAACUUCGAGAGGUGAUUGUAGUGAAGGAGUCUUCCCAGAUCACGUGUCCCAUCACCACCAAGCUGGUGCUGGAUGAGGACGAAGAGACCAAGGAGCCAUUGGUUCAGGUGCACAGGAACCUUGUCACAAAGCUCAAACCUCACCAGGUUGACGGGGUUCAGUUCAUGUGGGACUGCUGCUGUGAAUCUGUGAAGAAGAUCGAGAAGUCUUCUGGCUCCGGCUGUAUCCUCGCCCACUGUAUGGGCCUGGGAAAAACUCUACAGGUGGUGACAUUGCUUCAUACUUUGCUGCUUUGUGAGAAACUGGAUUUCACCACAGCACUGGUGGUUUGUCCCCUGAACACUGUCCUGAAUUGGCUUACCGAGUUUGAGAAGUGGCAAAAAGGAAUGAAGGAUGAGGAGAGUUUAGAGGUGGUUGAGCUGGCCACAGUGAAGAGGCCACAGGACCGAGCGUACGCUCUCCAGAGAUGGCAAGAAAUGGGCGGGGUUAUAAUCAUUGGCUACGAGAUGUACCGAAACCUGACCCAGGGCAGGAACAUGAAGAGCAAGAAGCUGAAAGAGAUCUUUCAGAAGACACUGGUAGAUCCAGGUCCAGACAUGGUGAUCUGCGAUGAAGGUCACAUCCUGAAGAACGAGGCAUCAGCAGUGUCCAAAGCGAUGAACUCUAUCAGGACGAGGAGGAGGGUCGUGCUGACUGGAACACCUCUGCAAAACAACCUUAUUGAAUACCACUGCAUGGUCAACUUCAUCAAGGAAAACCUGCUUGGGUCAGUUAAAGAGUUCAGGAACCGCUUCAUUAACCCCAUCCAGAACGGUCAGUGUGCCGACUCCACGCUACACGAUGUCCGGAUCAUGAAAAAGAGGGCUCACAUCCUCUAUGAGAUGCUGGCUGGUUGUGUCCAGAGGAAGGAUUACACGGCGCUCACCAAGUUCCUGCCGCCAAAACAUGAAUAUGUGCUGUCUGUUAGAGUGACUCCGCUCCAGUGUAAACUCUACAGAUACUAUCUGGAAAACUUCACAGGUGUGGGGAAUGCUGUGGAGGGGGGCCGUGGCCGUGCGGGGACCAAACUCUUCCAGGAUUUCCAGAUGCUCAGCAGAAUCUGGACCCAUCCCUGGUGCCUUCAGCUGGACUACAUCAGUAAAGAAAAUAGGGGAUUCUUUGAUGAGGACAGUAUGGAAGAAUUCAUUGCUUCAGAAACCGAAGAAUCCUCGAUGAGCAUGACCUCCGAGGACGAGAAGGCGAAAAAGAAAAAGAAGCAAGGGAAGGGAAAAAAGAAGGGCUCUGAUGACUCCGACAGUGACGAUGUGGAGGUCAUCAAGGAGUGGAACAGCAGCUCUCGGGGCAAAAAUGGAGAGGGCAGAAACAGACCAGAGCCUGUUGAGGAGCCUCGGGCCUCUGGCUCAUCACCAGGAAAUCCCUCUGCUGACUGGCACAGGGAUUUUGUCACUGAGGCAGAUGCUGAGAUUCUGGAGCACUCUGGAAAGAUAACACUCCUCUUUGAGAUCCUGCGAAUGGCAGAGGAAGCGGAAGAUAAAGUGUUGGUGUUCAGUCAGUCUCUUAUCUCUCUGGACCUAAUUGAGGAUUUCCUUGAACUGUCGUGCAGAGCUAAAGAUGAGGAAAAAGUUUCUCCAUACAAAGGUGAAGGCAAGUGGUUCAGGAACAUAGACUACUAUCGCCUGGAUGGUUCCACUAACGCCAUUACCAGAAAGAAGUGGGCCGAAGAGUUUAAUGACACCAGUAACGUAAGAGGUCGUUUGUUCCUCAUCUCAACGCGAGCCGGCUCACUCGGCAUCAACCUGGUGGCUUCCAACAGGGUCAUCAUCUUCGAUGCCUCCUGGAACCCGUCCUACGACGUCCAGAGUAUCUUCAGAGUCUACCGCUUUGGCCAACUGAAGACCGUCUACGUCUACAGGUUCCUUGCCCAGGGUACAAUGGAGGAGAAGAUUUAUGAGCGGCAGGUAACCAAGCAGUCCUUGUCAUUCCGAGUCGUGGACCAGCAGCAGAUCGAGAGGCACUUUACAAUGAACGAGCUUGCCGAGCUCUACACCUUUGAGCCAGACAUGCUGGAUGAUCCCUCAGAGAAGAAAAGCAAGAAGGCAACACCCAUGCUCCCUAAGGAUCCCAUUCUGGCUGAGAUGCUGCAGAACAAUAAGGACCAGAUUAGUUGUUACCAUGAGCACGACUCCCUGCUGGACCACAAGGAGGAGGAAGCCCUGAGCGAGGAGGACCGCAAGGCUGCCUGGACUGAGUAUGAGGCCGAGAAGAAGGGUCUCUCCAUGAAGACCAACUACCAACAAUACUCGCAAAUGGACAUGGGCUCUUCCAACUACUUCUCCUACAACGUGGCGGCUUUGGCCUCCAUGACCAACCAGCAGCUGGAGGACCUGAUAAACCAGGGACGACAGAAAGUCAUUGAAGCAACAAAUGCAUUGAAGACUUUUUCACGGGAGUCAGUGGAGGACACCAUUGCCAGACUGUGGAAGGAGAACCCGGCGCUUACAGAGAGUCAGGUCCAGUCUAUGGCCCUGGGACGUCAGGCCACUGUGGAGCUGGAGAUCAAGCGCAGGGAAGCCAUUUACAGGGAUGUUCUCACCAGGCAGCAGACGCUGAUGAUGUUCGUGCAGAAGCUCAUCACCAACAGGAAGGUGCAGGAGCAGCAGCUGGCCAUGGCUAACCAGGCCAGCUACCUGAACCAGCUGGCCCUGCAGAACGGCAUGAUGGGAGGCAGCGGGCUCAGCCAGAUGGACCUGCUGGGACUCUACCAGCAGCUCCACGGCCUGGGCUCCCAUCAAGGCAUGGGCAAGAAUCCUGGGCCCUCCAAGGGCCUGUAGGUCAGAGGGACUAUUCCUCAGCCCCCGCAACCCAUCCCCCUGCCCACACAGCUAGCCAGCUCCCAGUGGCCCAGUCCAAGCGUGGCCCUGUAACUAACACAUUGUGAGACGCCUCAGCGCUCAAAGCAAACCGGAGCACCGAGCAGAGGGUGGAGUAGUUUUGAGACUAGGCCGCUGUCCGCUGGGGCCUCAAGUGGGCUAGACUCUCAGUCCUUUAUUCUGUAGUUCACUGAGAGGAAGUGGAAUAUAAUGUAUAAAUGACUGUGUGAAAGAUCUGUUAGGAUGUUUAACAGGAAAAAAAAUGUAUAUACCGCCUUAAUGUUAUUCAAGUUCUAUAUCUUCAUUUUUCAUGUAUUUAAAGACGAACAAGUUUUACCCCCAAUGCUUUUAAGCAUUGUUCUGUUUCCCCCUUAAGAGGGUUUCCUUAUAAUUUAAACUCAGUUUUUUAUACUGUUUUAAAUUCCUAACUAAACUGAGUGGGACCAGUGUCGUUGGUGACAGGACUCCAUAACUGUAAAGGGUUAGGGUUACAUGAUUAUUAGCACCAGUAGAUUCCUUCACCAAUAUCACCCACAGCUGUUGGUGCUGCAAAGUCCUGCUCUUCUUGGCAAAUAGAAGAAACUGAUGAGUUGACAAAAACAGGAAAAAAAAGCAUUAAAAUUUUGGCCUUAUUAUAUGUUUGUUUCCUAAAAAAAACUCUGUAAAGUUUUGAGAUUUGUUCAGAACCUUUUUCUAUUAUACUUUUAAGUGUUUAUGUUAGUUGUCACUGAACAUGGUAAUGGAAUGCUUCUGUUGUUCAAAACUGCCUGCCCGUUCCUUUUCGUAACCUCACUCCCAUCGUCACGUGUUGUCUAGCAUAGCACUGUGUGUCCUGUCCAUCGUUUAUGUUCCACUUGUGUUGAUCCCGAGGGUGACUGAUGGGGCCUCGCAAAGCGUAACCACUUCAGCCACGUAUCACAGGGCCCAAAACGUUUCCCUUUACUCGUCUGUCACAGUUUGACAUGUGUUUGAUCAGGUUGGACGUGACAGGAAGAAGUAAAGAUUGGAAAUCUUCUUAUAUCGGGCUGAUGAGUGUUGUCUGCUUUGUGAGAAUCCAUCCUCCUGGAUACUGUAGUCUCAGCAGGCAGACACCCAGACUACCUGUACUCUACUUUGGCACAUUCUUGCUUCUAAAUGCUUAAACUGGUGUAGCUGUUAAACAUGAGGAAUAUGUGCAUUUCUCAUGAAGAGACGCCCAUUUCUCUAGUUGGCUCCUGCGUUUGCACAAGGUGUAUUUCAUAUGUGUCGAGAAACUUUUUUGCCCUCCUCUAAGAAUGUUUUUAUGUUAGAUAAUACACCAAGUUGAUUUGCCAUGAAUUUGAUCUGCUAUUAUCUUGAUAAGUAUUUAAUAUAACAUUUAAUAAAGUGACCAAAAGGA